AUGGCAUCCCUGGCCAAGAAACUGUACAAGACCAUAGAUACUGCUCCUGACAUCAAAACUACUGUCAACUACCGAACUACGUUUUUAAACUCUUCAGAACCAUCCGGUCAGUAUGCCUUCACACAAACUCAUACUAAAGCUUGGAUGCAUAACCACGCUGCUGAGGAAUCUAGAUGCACUGAAGCUAUGCAAUGGCACAAGGUUGGUGGUAAAGCAGUUGAUGCCACAUGUUAUAGAAGCAAUUUUCCGACUGCUGCAGAUGAUGGUGACCUGCGGCUGUUGGGUGGGGGGUUGGAGAGCGAGGGCCGAGUGGAGGUUCAAUACCGCGGCCAGUGGGGCACCGUGUGUGAUGACGAAUGGGACAUGGCAGACGCUCAUGUGGUUUGUCGCUCUCUCGGCUACGCCAACGCCACACAGGCUGUGACCGGCGGCCGCUUCGGAUCAGGCGCGGGGCCGAUCUUGCUGGAUGAUGUGAGGUGUUUGGGGACGGAGCGGUCACUGAUAAACUGUAAAACCAAAGGCUGGAGUGUUCAUGACUGUGAGCACUGGGAGGCCGCGGGGGUGCGGUGCGACACCAGCAACCACUUCCCAAUGAUGAGCAGCACCACCAGCGCAGCAGGUGACUCUCACUCCCUCUCUGUUUCACACUCUUUGGUGUCUCACACAUUCUCUCUUUCUGCUGAGUUCCCGGGGUACCACCUAGAACGCCCCAUGGAGCUGCAGCAGUCACUAUCGCUGUUGUACCUGAGCCAGAAACACUGUCAGGUGAAGAUCCUGGUGCUGACGGCGCAGGGUGGCCCGGUGCGGCUCCACCUGUGCGCACAUCGCCUGAUCCUUGCCCUCAGCCAGGACGGCAACAGCCUGAGCCACAACCGUUCCUCAGGCAUCCAACUGGUGGUGCCCUCAGACUGUCUGGCCUUCGUAGAGGACUUCAUCAGGUACUUCUACACCAAGAGCAUGGACAUCACUCUGGCCUCGGUGCGGUGUGUGCACGAGCUGGCGAGCAGUUACGGGGUGCGGGCGCUGCGGGAGGCCUGUCACCAGCUGCUUUACCAGCUGCUGCCCCAGGACCGCAGCUUCGCGCUCCAGCUGCAGCUGUACAGCUACGCCGAGGCCGCUCAGGAGGCCGAGCUGCGGGGCCUGUGCCUGCGGUACCUGGCCCUGAACUGCCAGGCCUUCAGCCAGUCCUCGGCCUGGCUCCGGCUCGAGGCCCGGCAGCUGUCGGCGCUGCUGCUCCGCUCCGACCUGGUGCUGCACGGCGAGCUGUCCCUGUACCGGGCGGUGGAGGCCUGGCUCCUGCCCCGGGCGGCGGGGCCGGGGCUGCGGCACGAGCUGCUCGGGCGGCUCCGCUUCGCCAUGUUCUCGCCCGAGCAGCUGGUGGCGCUGCAGAGCCAGCGCGGGCCCGAGCUGCAGCGCGACAGCUUCCUGCUGCAGCGCCUGCUCCAGGCCUUCCGCUUCCACUCGCUUCCGGUGGCCAGGCUGGGGGCGGGGCUGGGGGUGGAGCCGCGCAUCUACACGGGCCCCGAUUGGACCGCGCUGCUGCCGCUCGAGCCGGCCGACCCGGGGGCGCCGCCGGACCCCGCCCCCGCGCUGCGCUACGACGGCUUCCGGUACGUGCACCAGCUGAGCUUCCGGCGCCCCGCCUCCCCCGGCCUCACCUUCAGCACCGCGCGCUUCCCCAGCCGCUACUACAGCUCCGUGCGCGUGCGCUGGGCCGCGGCCUAUCACCCGAGCGCCCAGGCCUGUCGUCACAGCCAGGCCUCCUGCCCCCCCCGCGGCUACCCCGUGGUGACGCUCAGCCCGGACCCCGCCCACCCCGGCCCUGACCCCGCCCACCCCGGCCCUGACCCCGCCCACCCCGACCCUGACUCCGCCCACCCCGGCAUCGCCUACCGCAACCUGGUGCUGUUCCUGUGCGGCAGUCAGGUGGCGCUCGCGCUCCCGCUGCAGGGCGGCCGCGCCGCCGUCCCCUCCUUCACGGCCCUCGGCCCCCACUUCAGCUGCGACUCCGGAUUCUCCGCUCUCCGCUUCGUGGUCAGACCCACCGUCACUCACUGA